AUGGAACCUGCGUUGCGAGCCAAGAUGUACUCGACACGCAGAUGGAAGCGGCCGGUGGUGAGAGAUUUGUUGCGGAAAUUCUCCAAACGGAUGAGGAGAGCUAUCAAGCGGAGGAUGAAGGGAGAAAGCAGACGCCAAUGGAUUGAGAGGAAUUUACACGACUCCGAAGUGGGCAUAAUGCUAGAUAUAGUACAAUGUGUGCUAAGCUUUAUAAUGGUGAUUGCCAUGAUAAAGCUCAACUGGAAGACUCCCGACACAAAUUUCACUAUCGGAUACCUCGCCAUCGACACAAUUAAUCUAGUAGCGACGUUAGCGAAUCUUGGUUUAAGGUUUUAUUCCGCAAGCAACCGCAGGAGUUUCUUGCUGCACUGGUUAUCUGUGGUAGAGAUCAUUUGCGUGCUACCGCUUCUGGUCGAGUUUACAACUGGGACAACAGAUUCGAUUCCUCAUACCUACGCAUUUCGCUUGCUAAUGAUGCUGCGAGUUAUGCGGUUACUACAGUUUUACCGCCUUCUACGACUAGCAAAAAGCGCAAAACUCCGGCAAGGUCUGUUGAUCUGUCUGACAACUUUUAGCGUCAUCAUGUGCGGUGGUCUCUUCAUGCAGACCAUCGAAUACUGUGAUCCAGUAUACAAAGGAACACAGAUUUCUGGCGAGACUUGCCAAGAUAUGACUUUCUUAGACGCCAUUUAUUUUGUAUGCAUUACAAUCGCAACAGUUGGAUUCGGAGAUGUUGCGCCGAAAACUAAUUUAGGCAAGGCUUUUGAUGUGGCGAUGAUCUUCUUCGCCGGUGCUUUGAUCCCUAUUCAAAUUAGCGGGUAUUCAUAUAUACUCAGUCGAGAGACAGCAUUUGAUAAAAAGUAUGAACCCGACAAGAGCACACAACACGUCUUACUCUGCGGCGAGGUUGAAAAUGGAGCCUUACUCUUCUUCUUACACAAUUGGCUUCACAAAGACGAAGAACGUCGAACACGUCGAAAAGUAGUGAUCCUGGCGCCCACCUUGCCAACGAAUGAUUUGAGGCGAGUUCUGCUUCAUCCGGACUACGAAGAGCGAGUAAUCUAUCUUCAAGGCUCCGCUAUGGUUGCGGCAGACCUUCAACGUGCCGCAGCUCCGACGGCGGAAUACUGUUUCGUCAUGGUUAAAAAACACAGUGGAACGCUAGAUCAAAACGACACGGCUGCCAACCUGAUCACCUGCUCAGUGCGCAAAAACAAUCGACAUGCACCUUUGCACGUCCAAGUUUCAAAGUUCGAUAACACUCGACAUUUCCACAUUUCCGGAGCCACGGCAGUUAUCUGCUUGGAGCAACUCAAACUGGCAUUUUUCGGCAAAUGUCUGUGGAUUCGAGGAUUCAAUCCUUUCCUCGGAAAUCUCGUUCAUAAAUUCUCCCACACCGAACAGUGCAGAGGAUAUUGGUUGUCAGAUUAUCUAUCAGGAUGUGAGCAAAAGAUAUGUGAAGCUGCUCUGCCUCCAUUUCUACUCAAUAUGCCAUCGUAUCGCGCUCUCGCUGUGCUUUUCUAUCGCGAAUUUGGUGUCCCACUUGUUGGCUUGCGGACCAUUGAGGAUACGACUACUGUGUAUCCCGUUGACGAGCAGCUAUCUGAUGCAAAUUUUCUCAGUGUUUUCUUUAUUGGCCGAGGGAACGACAUCGCCUCAAAGAUUGAGAAGUUGACUCCAGCAAUUUUUGCUCGCCAUCCUGAUAUCGCUCCAGCAUCGUUAGGCAUGAGUGCCAAUCGUAACAUUCGAACAGUGGCAACCAUGCUCACCGCCGCUAUUGAGAACAAAAUUCCAUUUGGACGUCGCGUAUCCGUUGGAUUCGGUCGUGACCGUCGUGUCAGUUCAACUCCAGACAAGGCAAUGGGGAAGAAUUCAAUAAAAAGUCGCUUGAGCAUGUUUUCCGGUCGAGCGAUGGACAAGAUCGCCCCAGUGGACAGAGAGAUCGAUGAACACAGUGAUCCGGAGUCUGUAGUUGAAGAUGACCCAACACAAGCUCCUGUUGAGGAUAACCGCGUGGAUGCCCGACGCUUCUCUCCGAGGCACAUGGACUCAAACCACAUGACAACCGACGAGAAGUACUCGCUAGGAAAUCCAACAGAAACAGCACACACGCCACAGCACAAACCUUCAAAGCCUGUCGUUCCAGUCAUCGCUUUGACUCCUGCCGAGCUCGUAAAAAAGGCUACGACACCUCGUGAUCGGCCGAAAGAUCCGGUCGUUAGACCUUUGUCGAGUCGAAUGCCGUUAAGUGCCAGAAGUGGCAGGAGUACCAUAGACUAUAGCACGCGAGACCAGAGCAUUAGGGAGUCAUUCGUGCGUGCUCCCAGUGAUAAAACAUUGUCUGAACAACCAACAGAGCAGAAACCAGACCCAACGCCAAGUCCCAGUGUGGACGACUUGAUAGCUCAAACGAAUAUAAAGACCGAAGCCACCAUUGCAACUAGCACCGCUACAACCAGUAACGCUCUUGUGGAGGGCCCACGACUCAGCCAUAUCCUCGGAACACGACCGAUUACCGAACAACUCACAGAACGAGAUGAUUAUCACGCUUCGAAUUGGGAGCCUGCUCCUCUCUUACGACCAUCAAUUGCUAUCAGUGGAAACCUUCGAGCGCGUAUUCGUCAUCUGUCGCUUUGCUUUCGUCGCGAUCCACCGCCAGUGACUCUGAGCGAACACUAUGUCGUGUGUGGAACUCCCAGCAACUACGAAGACUUCCUUGCCAACUUAAGCGACCUGAACGAGAAGGUCACUGGUGUCAUCUUCAUUACCCAGCGACAGUUGACGGAGAAAGAUUUCAUGGCACAUCAGCUGCACGAGCGCUUGUAUUUCGUUCGUGGAUCUCCACUCAGUAUGCACGUGUUCCACACAGCUCGCAUGAUCCACGCGCGAAGUAUCUUGAUCAUGUCGUACUGCGGGAUGGAGAACACUAGCAGUAUGGACCUUGAGAAUGAUCUGGAGAGUAUGGACGAGAAUAUGGCAGACGUCGACGCCAUCACUACGCACCGCUUUAUCACUGAGGCGCUGCAGAACGAAGCUUCUCGACUGGAGAGGAACGGGAUCAAUGAAAAGAGAUCGAUGCCAUUCAUCGUCGCUGAGAUGAUUCGUCCUAGUAAUGUCAAGUUUCUCAUCGACCGGAAUGGCUCUCUAUUCGACGCAAAGGCAGCAGCGAAUGAGCCACGCCAACGUGAUCUGCUCAAGGAUGUCAAGUUCCUCGACAGCUCGUUUUUCAGUCCGCUGUACGCGUCGGGUCACAUUUACUUCUCCAAUUUCAUGGAUGCACUUAUGGGGUCUUGCUCAAACCAGCAACUCAUGAUCGAGAUGGUGACGCAACUUGUCAUCAGUGGGAAUAUGAGCAUGAAGAUGCCGAACCGAGUGCAGAGAUCGCGACACCGAUUGACGCAGAUGCCAGCGCCAGAGCGAUAUCACUUUCGCCCUUAUGCGCUGCUCGUAGAAGGGCUGCUUCACAACGAGGACACCAUGACGUUGGGCAUUUAUCGCAGUGCCAGCACUUCAACCUCUCCACAGCAUGUACUCACGAACCCACCAGGUGAUGAGCUUAUCACCCCACAAGACUUGCUCUUCGUGAUCAAAUGACUCGGUUUAUAGAGUUAUAGAGCAAAAUUCCUGACGACCAACAGCAAUGAGAGCGUCGCCUGAUGGUGCCCAUUGAAGACCCAGAGCUUGAAACGAUUCUGUCAGGAAAUGAAGCUGUAUAUCAGCAAGAGGGAAGCUAUGAACACUGUCGAUACAACGUACCAGUGGGUAUAUUGAUCCACGAGAUGCCUUCUGUACUCCAAAGGUGGACACGAUUCUCCCCCGACGUGAUCGCGAGGCGAGAGUGCACUGGGUCCCAUCGCAAGCUCCGGACAGAUUCGAGCAGCGAUACAACUGAGUGCAGCGUCAGACUUUCUGUGCGCCAGAUCCACACAUUGUACGGCAUCUGGUCGCUUUUGGUAGCUAUAAACGCAGAAUCGGCACUCCACACUACUCGGCUAAUACCAAUCUUUGGGUUUUCUGUUCUACAAACCGAAACAUUUGAAAUGAGUUUCAGAUAAAACAGCACACCACGCCUGUUAAAUACACUUACAAUGGAUCGGAGGCAAUUGUGCGAACAGAAAAUGGUGGUUCCCGCGUCACGAAGCAAACAUCGCGAGACUUUUUGCCACCUGCAGCUUGAGCGGCCGCUGAAGCGGCUUGCAAUGAGUUCGACAACAGAGAAGAGCUUCGCUGUAUUACUGCCACCCGUUUGCCUUGCGGUCGAUCCAUGACAUUGGCAUCCGCGUAGUUCUCUUCGUAUUCGAUCUGCACAAGAGAUACAUUAGUAAGGCGUUUGCAACAUGUUCAGCCUCUGUAGUACACUCUCACCGCUGCGUGGCUCGUAUGAGAUUUCGUGACGGCGAUACUUUCGUGAUCGAAGUCCACGACAGGCUUCCAAUUGAUGUGACUCAGCACACGCAGAUGCUCAUCGUAGCUUCCAAGCGCCAAGAACUGGCCUGACGUCGACCACGUCAUCGUUUUCAAUCCCAGCGCAUUCUCAUAAGCCUAGAAUGAAGAAGAAAUACAAAAAUGUCAAUACAAAACCC